AUGAAGGCUCUGGCCGCGGCUAACUUUGGGGGCGGGCGAUGGCUGCUGGCAGAGCCUGCUCUGCUCUGCCCGGAUCUUGUAGCUCUGCUGCUCGAUCUGCUUUGCCCGGAGCUUGCAACUGCUGUGCUAGCUCUGCCGCUUGCCCUGCAACAAGUUGCAGCACCUUUCUCCACCGUUUUUCAUUGUUUUCCUUUUCUUUCCUUUUGGGGGUUCUUUCAAUUCGAAAAAAAAAAAAACAGAGACAGAGAAACAGAGCAAGAGAGGAAUAGAGAGAGAAAGAGAGAGAGCUCUGUCCGAGAGAAAACAAGAGAGUGGGAUGAGAAAGGAUCGGAAGAGGGAGGGUGUGAUUGCAGAGGAGAAUUUCUGCAGAAAACAGACAAGUUAAGGGAUGCUUCGAGAGUCGAUCGAAAGGCUAUACUCAUGAUUGAUAGAGCUGAGGACAUCGAUUGUGUACUCCGAAGGUCAAGUUUGGUGAAUCAUUUUUGGUGUUGGCCAUGGGACCGCUGAUCUGAUGGUAUAUAAAUAGGACGCCUAGACCGCUGAUCCAACGGGAUACAAAAAUGGACGUCUAGACCGUUGAUUUGGUGGGAUACAAAAAAGGAUGCCUAGACGGCUGAUCCGACGUGAUACAAAAAUGGACGCCUAGAUCGCUGAUCCGGUGGGAUACAAAAAGGGACAUCUAGAUCGCUGAUCUGGCGGGAUACAAAAAGGGACAUCAAGAUGACUGAUCCGGCAGGAUAUAAAAUGAACACCUAGACUCCUAUUGUCGGAGGAUAAUAGGCAGCCCCUGCUUAUGAGAAAUGAAACGAGAAAUUUGUGGAUAUAAGUGCGGGGUCAAGGUACCGUCACAACUCUGUUGCGAGGAAACGAAACCCUAUGGCUAUAUUGAUUAGUUGCGUUGUAUAUUGUUUGUCUGGUAUGAUUGUUGGAGAUGUAAUGAUUGUUGAGAUUAUCGAAGAUGUCCUAUGAAAGCCGUGUUGUUGCUAGAGUUUGAUAUGUCAGGUGAUUGUGUUGUGAGUUUCUAAGGAAAGCUAAUGAAUGGGUAUUUAAUGUUUAUGUGGUGUUGGUUAUUAAAGAAAUUGUUGGACGAGUUGUGUGUAUUUGUAAGUAGAACUUAAAUUUAGUUAAUGUAUUGGAUAUAAUUAUUAUUAUA